GCCUAACUCCAAAAGGCCAGCCUAAUGAUCCUUAUUUAAUUGGCUUGGAGCUUUUCUCUUAUCCGAAUUUCUCCAACGGCUUGUGUGGCUCUGUCUUCAACCCCACUUUCUGUCUUCUUCUGUGUUUUCGUUUUCAAUAAGCUCCUCCGCUAAAUCCUUGUUCUAUUUUUCUUCACCUUCCUUUGCAGCUGUUUCGAGAGAUUCUGAGUGAACCCAUGAAAGAAACUCGCGGGUUCUCCGUUCCCGCCAUUUGUUAGUUGAAAUUGGAGCGGCUGAAGGAAGUUUAGAUGGGGCGUUGUUAAAGGGAAAGAGAAUGGAGAAAUCGUCGCAGAGGGAGAACAUCCUUUUGGGUUAUUCGCUUCAGAGAUCAUUCACGAAUCAUUCUUCAUCGCCGAGAUCUCCGAAUCGGGACUCCGACGAUGUUGAUUUUCACGACGUGUUCGGUGGCCCUCCGAGAAGGCGGUCGUCGGCUCAUGAAACGCGGUACAGCUUCUCGGAAACGGCGGGUUCCUUCGCAUUGAAAGGCGGCGGCGAUAACGCACCGCCGGGCCGGAGUAGUUCCUGGUCCUGUUUGAAUGAGAUACCGGUGUUCGGAGAAGACAGUCCUCACGGGCGAAGAUUUUCGAGCAAUGAUUUUUACGAUGAUAUCUUUAAGGGCGAUGAAUCCGCGACUCCUCCUCGCCGGCAUGAACUUGACAUUUUCUCUUCGGUUCCUGGUUCGAGGGUCUCAAGUCCUGCUAGGCAACUUCCGCCGCCGGCAGAGCCAUUCGGAAGUUCUUCCCUCCCAGCAGAAUUAAGCCUACCAUCUAGAUUGGCUAAAGGGACUGAUCUGCCAGCGUUGGGGUCGAACAAUUCGAGCCCCUUAAGAAACAAGGUUGUUGUGUCAAAUGGAAGCCAUACAAAUGCUUCUAGGUUCACUCUGUCUAGAUUUUCUUCCAGCACUUCGAGCCAUCGUUUCGAGGAUCUUAAAAGUGAUCACAAUUUGUUGGAUCGGCCUGGCAUUCUGUCAUCUGAAUUCCAACCUCUUAGCAGCGCCGAGAUGCCAUCCUUCAGAAAGUCCGAUAAUGCGUCGAAUAGGAACAGUUCAACGAAGGGAGAAGAUAGUGUAGAAGAUUCAAAUGGUGGUGGUCAGUUUCAAUUCCAUUUCUCAAUUUACAAAUGGGCAAGCAAAGGGGUGCCUCUAAUGAUGCCACUGAGAGGAGGGAACGGAUCGAGUUUAAGAGAGAAGACUUUGCUUAGGAGAAGCUCAAGCUCGACGAAUAGAGUCGUGAAGGAGAUGAAUGAAAAGCCUGAUCGAAGUUUUGAGGAAAAACUUUCAUCUGCACCUUCAGCUAACUUGAGCAGACAAAGUUCUCGUAAGGAUGUCGACGCUGAUAACAUCACUCAGCCAGCAAAGCUCGAGAAAGUUUCGAGUGAAAAAGCAGAGAAAAAAAUGAGUUCGACGACAAAUGAAGAUCGAAAGCAUGUGGCUAAAUCUCUAAGUUCCUUCCUUCUCUACAGUGAUGGUGAACAAAGUGAAGAUGGGAUAUCGGAAGAGUUUCGACAAGGAGACAUCGCGGCGAAAAGUGACAAGAAAUCAGCAAAUCUUUCUGAGUUAACUAGUAGCUCAAAGAAACUGGACAAACAAACUUCACUGAGAAAUUCAAAAGUGAAAAAUCCAAGUUUCCUAAGCUCAGACACGGAAUCUCGACAAAACAUUGACAGAAAGAAAGCUGGUGGAAGAAUCUCGGAGUUCGUCAAGAUUUUCAACCACGAACCUGCAUCGAAAUCCCGAGACGUAGUUGAUUUGGGAAAUGAUAGCUCUACAAGGAAGCAGGAAAGUGCUUCAAAAGCUCAAACACAGGCAACUGUCAAUAAAAUAAGCAAGGAAGAGAAAUCCAAGUUGAAUCACAAUACAGAUGCUUCCAUCAAGGUAGAUGAUGUUUCCAAGCAGUCGGUGCAUGUUCACUCUAUAGCUGCUAGCUACACUAAUAGCUCUACUUCUUCGAAAGAGGGUAGUGCAGCACCCAACACUGUUCAUGUUCAUAAUGUCUCCAAGUCUACAGUUCCAGAUGUGGAGGAGCUGUUCCAAGAGAAUUUCUCAGUAAAAGAGUUACCACAAGACUAUGAGGAUUCGAGAGAAUCGGAUAAUGUUCGUGAAGAAUUACAAGAUAUCGAUACCAAAAUACGACAAUGGUCGAAAGGGAAGGAAGGGAAUAUACGUUCGCUACUGUCAACUUUGCAAUAUGUUCUUUGGCCUAAGAGCGGAUGGAAACCUGUUCCUCUCGUCGAUAUAAUCGAAGGAAAUGCAGUCAAAAGAUCUUAUCAGAAAGCUUUGUUAUACCUACACCCUGAUAAGCUACAACAGAAGGGUGCUUCAGCAGAUCAAAAAUAUAUUGCAGCAAAAGUUUUUGAAAUAUUGCAGGAGGCUUGGGCUCAUUUCAAUACACUGGGAGGAUUAUGAUAUGACAUCACAGCAUUAUAGGUGACACAAAGAAGUGUCCAUAUAAAGCCUUUUUAAAUUGUCAUUUAUAUUUGUAUACAUAAAAAAAUAAAAAAUAAAAAUAAUAAUUAAAAUAUUUUCUUGUGUUAACAAUUAUACAAUAAUUCAAAGUAUGGGCCUUUGCUUCAUGGGCUUUGACAUA